CUAAUGCUUCUUAAACCUUAACACUAUCAUCACCAACUUUUGUCAUCACCAUUUUCUAUUCAAAGAAUCAUCCACAAGAGCUGGCUGAAGAGUUAAAUAAGACCAUCCAAGGCUUGUGUUUAUCUAUGUGGAAAGUGAUUGAUUGAUUGAUUGUUUCAUAAAAGAAAGGUUUCACUUAGAGCUUCUUGGCUGUAUCAACAGAGAAAAAAAAUGGAAGGGGAAGAGGACACCGUGCCAAAGAAGAAAAUGGCGAAACAGCUGACCGGAAAACGUGAGGACACGCUGCUCCAUUCAGCCGUGAGACGUGGAAACAAGGACGAAGUUGUUGAGAUUCUCACAAGAACCAGAGAGCAUGAGCUGAAUGAGCUGUUGGGGAAACAGAACCAAUCAGGAGAAACCGCACUCUACGUUGCUGCAGAGUAUGGUGAUGUCGAGAUUGUAAAAGAGAUGAUCAAACGCUAUGAUCUUCCCCUGGUUGAGAUCAAAGCGAGGAACGGAUUCGAUGCUUUCCACAUUGCUGCCAAGCAAGGAGAUCUCGAUGUGUUGAAGGUUUUAGCAGAGGCUCACUCGGAGCUAGCGAUGACGGUGGAUCUGCUGAACACAACAGCACUGCACACGGCUGCGACGCAAGGACACACGGAAGUGGUGAACUUCCUACUGGAACUUGGAAGCAGCCUGGCGGGAAUCGCCAAGAGCAACGGUAAAACAGCGUUGCACUCUGCAUCAAGGAACGGGCACGUGAAGGUAGUUAAAGCCCUCUUGGCAUCAGAACCAGCGAUCGCAAUCAGGAUGGACAAGAAGGGCCAAACAGCGCUUCACAUGGCAGCUAAAGGAACAAACAUCGAGGUGGUAGAGGAGCUUAUCAAAGCGGAUAGGUCGUCUAUCAAUAUAGCAGACACAAAGGGGAACACGGCGUUGCACAUCGCAGCUAGAAAAGGAAGAUCACAGAUCGUUAAGCUGCUGCUAGACAACAACAUAACCGACACGAAAGCUGUUAACCGAACAGGCGAGACGGCGCUGGAUACGGCGGAGAAGGUUGGGAAUCCAGAGGUGGCUCUUAUCUUACAGAAACACGGCGUUCCCAGCGCCAAGACCAUUAAGCCCUCAGGGGCUAACCCUGCUCGGGAGCUGAAACAAACAGUAAGCGAUAUCAAACAUGAGGUUCACAACCAGCUUGAGCAUACACGACAGACCAGAAGACGCGUUCAAGGAAUAGCUAAACAGCUCAACAAAAUGCACACGGAAGGUCUCAACAAUGCAAUCAACUCAACCACUGUCGUCGCCGUUCUGAUAGCUACGGUGGCCUUUGCAGCCAUUUUCACCGUCCCGGGGCAGUAUGUGGAAGACACAAGUAAGAUUCAAGAUGGCCAUUCCUUAGGAGAGGCGAAUAUAGCAUCAACGACUCCGUUCAUAAUAUUCUUCAUCUUUGAUUCCAUCGCGCUCUUCAUCUCCUUAGCAGUCGUGGUGGUUCAGACAUCAGUGGUGGUGAUAGAGAGCAAGGCAAAGAAACAGAUGAUGGCCGUGAUAAACAAACUCAUGUGGCUCGCCUGUGUGCUCAUCUCUGUUGCCUUUCUGGCUCUGUCGUUUGUUGUUGUUGGUGAAGAAGAGAAGUGGCUAGCCAUUUGGGUGACUGCCAUCGGUGCAACGAUCAUGAUCACCACGUUAGGGACCAUGUGCUACUGGAUUAUACAGCACAAGAUCGAAGCUGCUAACGCGAGAAACAUAAGAAGAUCCUCCGUCAACAGUAAAUCUGGAUCUUGGGGGAUUCCUCAGCUUACGGAUACAGAUGUUCUCCAAAACGAGUGUAAGAAAAUGUAUGCAAUCUGAUGAUAACACAGUCCAGUUUUUGCAUUUAUGUAAACACAUGGCAAGAACUUGAUGUACCUUUACCAACACGGUUGAUCCGGGAGUAACAGUUGGUGUUGAGAGUUACCUGAGAA